UUAGCACUUUUGAUGGCGCAUUAUGCUCGGCGCCGCUCCGCGACGCGGCAACUCAGUUCCGCUCCGCUCCAUCCGCUUCACACGCUGGGGGAACUCCUUCUCGGAAUGCUUUUGGAAGCCCACGGCUUGGCGCGAGGACUACCAGGUGGUCUUCUCCUGCCUUUGGCUUUGGCGGCAGCUAAGCCAGGCUAUCUGGGUGCUCCGGCGGGCGUCCUAUCGACGCCGGCGGCCUCCGCCCUCGCCUCCCCAGCCACGGUGGCCGCCCCCGCCAUCGCCUACGCCGCCUCAGAUGCAGCCAUCGUGGCCUCUCGCGCCCCACUUGCGGCCGUCGUCGCCGCCGCCUCCGGCUCCACCGUGGUGACCGCCCCCGGUACUGGCUGCUACUCUUUCUCCACACUGUCCGUGCACCCGCCACAGGUGGUCCCCGCCAGCCUGAAGGCCGCCUACGCUGCAGCCGUCGCCGCCGCUCCCGCUAUGGCCACAGCGCCUGCCGCCGCCGCCGCCCCCGCUGUCGUGGCUGCCGCGCCAGUGGAGGUCGUCGACGCUCCCGAGGUGGAAGCCGCCCGCGCCGCCCGCUUCCAGGCUGACGUCGCUGCCAAAGCCGCUCUGCUGGAGCGCAAGAAGCGCAGCCCCGGAUUCCUCGGCCCCGCCGUGGUCUCCACCCCCGCCGCCACCCCCUUCUCUGCUCAUGCCGCCCCCGUGGACUACGCUGCCCACGCCUCCCCCAGUGACCCUUGCUGCUCACGCUGCCGCCGUCACCCCUGUUGCCUGCUCCGCCCCCGCAGCUGUCACCUACUCAGCCCCCCGCGCCUGUCGCCUACUCCGCCCCCGCGCGGCCGUCCUGCCAGUGGCCGCCUCCAGCCAGUACCGCGUCCAAGACGAACUCGGCCGGUACACAUACGGCUAGGCCGACGGAAACUCCGCCAAGACUGAGAGCCGUGCCGCUGACGGCUCCACUGUCGGUGGAUACUCCUACGUAGACGGCCACGGCCUGCUGCAGAGCGUCAAGUACCACGCCGAUGCCUUGGGCUUCAGGGUCGCCGCCACCAGCCUGCCCGUCGGACCAGCCUAGGCAACGUGAGAGGUGGGGAUGGGCUCGCCGUAAGGCACAGCCCCAUCUUCCCUGGCGACUGCGUACCUGCUCCACCCACGUUAUUCUCUCUUUGUAGUUCAAAUGGCUCUGAGCACUAUGGGACUUAACAUCUAUGGUCAUCAGUCCCCUAGAACUUAGAACUACGUAAACCUAACUAACCUAAGGACAACACACAACACCCAGCCAUCACGAAGCAGAGAAAAUCCCUGACCCCGCCGGGAAUCGAACCCGGGAACCCGGGCGCGGGAAGCGAGAACGCAACCGCACGACCACGAGAUGCGGGCUCUCUUUGUAGUCUCCGCUACUGUAACUUGCUUGUUCCAUUCUGAACUCUACAUCGUUUUAUGUAUGCGAUCUUCUUUUCUUUCCCUGAAUCUUCACGUCCCACAUAGAAUAACGUAUAAAAU